AUGGUGCAUAGUAGCAAGUACGAUCUACUUAUCAAGCUUCUUUUGAUUGGAGAUAGCGGUGUGGGAAAGAGCUGCGUGCUUUUGCGCUAUUCAGACGACUCGUUCACGACAUCCUUUAUCACCACCAUUGGCAUCGAUUUUAAAGUCAAGACGAUUGUUAUGGAUGAUAAGCGGAUAAAACUUCAGAUCUGGGAUACCGCGGGACAGGAACGUUUUCGUACGAUCACGACUGCUUAUUAUCGUGGCGCAAUGGGAAUUCUACUAGUAUACGAUGUGACGGACGACCAUUCGUUCCAGAAUAUUCGCAACUGGAUGACACAAAUUCGGCAAAAUGCAUCGUCUAAUGUGAACAAGAUUUUGAUUGGCAACAAAUGCGACGUGGAUCCGUCGGAGAGAGCCGUGACAACAAAGCAAGGUCAGGAUCUAGCAAACGAGUUUGGCAUCAAGUUCUUCGAGACAAGCGCAAAGAGCAACCAGAACAUCGAUGAGGCUUUCCGCUCCAUUGCCGUGGAUAUUCAGAAGCGUCUAGCAGAGAGCGAGCACGAUAGAUUAGACGUGGCGAACGGCAGCAAAUUCCGCGUAGACGAGUCUCAGGACGAGGUGAAAGACAGCUGCUGUGCGUAG